UGAAUUUUAACCUCAAUUUUUGAAUUUGUUUCUAUUCAAAUUUUCAUUUUGAGAAGUAUAUUUUCAAAUGACUUUUUAUCUAAAACCACCAAGGGGAUUAUUGAAUUUGCAUCAGUUAGAGGAGUGUGUGAAGCGUCGGCUCAUUUUCUAUGAAAAUAUUUGUAGUAGCCCCAAGGAUGAUCUAAAAUUGAAUUUGAAUGAUUUUGAAUUUUUGGUGGAAGACAGUGCCUUAGACAGGGCGGGACAUUUUUUAUUGAGGCUUUUUGCAUACCGUCACAAAAUUUUUCGACACAUAUUUCUUGAAAAUGAACGAAAGUUGCUAGAAAUUCGAUUAGACUCCUAUGAUAUACAUGACAUCAAACAUUUUCUAAAGAGAUUGCUGAAACAUUCACUGGACAAUCUGAAGAAUUGCAAUAGUCAAUUGUUGAAUGAGCUGCAUGUAGUUUUGGUAAACCUUUCUUCAUCUAUGUUGAACAAGGAGUUUUUAAGCCACAUUUUCAGUUAUGAACAUAAGGUGACAUGUGAGCAAUACAUUUUGAGAGUACCAUUUCAACAUUGCUCUGCCCUAAUCCAGAAUAGAGAAGUGAAUCUGAAUGGAGGGUUUGCUGAAAUCCCUUGCAGUAUUUGGAGAAUCAUUUUAUUAACUCUUUUCGAUACUUACCUUAAAGCUGUUUUGAAAGAAAUGAACUUCAGUCAAUGUGUUGAUAAAGCUCUAUCAGAUAACAGGAUACAAGAUAUUUUCAAGGAACUCCAUUUAUCUAAUGUGAAAUAUUUUCAACAGAUGGGAGAAAAAAGUAGAACAUUUAAUAUGUCACAAAUCAAGGAAGAAACAGAGAUUUUUCCUUUAUGUAUGUUGCAUUUGUACAAAAUAUUAGAUAAAACUAAUAGGUUGCCCCAUAAUGAGAGGUUUGACUUCAGUCUCUACAUGAAAGGAAUAGGAGUAUCUUUGUCAGAUUCCUUGAAAUUUUGGGAGACGCUCUACUCUAAAGAACACACAUCCUGUUCCAGAUGUACACAUAACUGGCAAAAGAAUGAAAAGCGUUAUAUUUAUGGAAUUAGACAUCUGUAUGGUCUCGAAGGAUCUAGAAGAAAUUAUCAGUCGCGCUCAUGCAGAUAUAUACAGAAUAAAAAUUUGGGGCCCGUAGAAGAGGGUGGCUGUCCGUUCCGGCAUUUUGACGAUUCUAAUUUGAGAAAAGUUUUAAAAUCACUGUUGCCCAGCAAUCCAGAUGAGGUAGAAGUUAUGAUUCACAAGAGAAAUGAAGAACCUAGCCUAUCCUGUAAACUGUUUUCUGAUGCAGUACUCAGAAAAAUUACUGGAAAAGUUGUCGAGAGGAAUGUUACAAUUGAGAGUCCAGUACAUUAUUACUUUUCCAUGAAGAAACAAUUGGAGCUGACAGUGGAGAGAUAGAAGAUUGGUGCAGAGAGUGGAUUUUAAAGGUAUGGACAAUUAGUGAUUGCAUCAAUUUUUUUGUCAAGGCUUUAGCAACAAAAACUUUCGCUUCCAAAUUUAUAUGUAGACUAAUUGUCCGUAUCUUGUAUCUCGUGAGGAUGAUUACUAGGUAGAAAAAUCUUCACCAGAAAAAGUAAUAAUUAUUUAUUAAUAAUUUUAACAUCACCGCAAUAAUUCAUUACAACUGUGAUAAUAUCGGUAAUUUUUGAUAGGUAUAUUGGGAAAAUUAUAAUUCUCUAAUUGAUAUUUGCAAAGCAAUGAAAUGCUAUUUCAGCAUUUUUUCCAUAAUACCUAUCUUUUGAUCACACUUUUUGAUAUUUUAUUGUAAAAUAUAUUUUUUCAGUAUGCCUUAAUUCUAUACACUUAAAAUUUUAUGUACGAGAAUCAGUUUUUACAUGAUUUGUAAAAUAUAAACACUCAGAAUAGUUAACAAUCAGA